AUGACGGUCACGGUGGUCCAGAGACAUGGCGGAGCAAACGGCAUCAGCUUCAUGCCGGAGCGCCUGCCUCCACUGGGCGGCGACUCUGAAUACCUGGAGGGCAUCACACACGAGGGCCUGCGCGGUGUGCUGCAGCAGGUGUUGGAGCGUGAUGGCGCGGAGCGGGAGUUCAUGUCUGCCGUCCACGAGAUCAUCUUCCGGGUGCCAUGGCUGGACGACCGGGGCCAGCUGCAGGUCAACAGGGGCUUCCGCGUGCAGUUCAGCUCCGCCAUCGGCCCCUACAAGGGCGGCCUCCGCUUCAGGGAUGGGGUGAACCUGAGCAUCAUCAAGUUCCUGGGCUUUGAGCAGUGCUUCAAGAACGCUUUGACGACGCUGCCCAUGGGCGGUGGCAAGGCAAGCCGCAGCCGCAGGGCGGGCGGGUCCGACUUUGAGCCCAAGGGGCGCAGCGAUGCAGAAAUAAUGAAGUUCUGCCAAAGCUUCAUGUCUGAGCUGUACCACCACAUUGGCCACUACACCGAUGUGCCGGCUGGCGACAUUGGGGUGGGCGCCAAGGAGAUUGGCUACCUUUUUGGCCAGUACAAGCGCCUAACGCGCUGUCACACCGGCACGCUGACGGGCAAGGGGCUGGAGUGGGGCGGCAGCCUGAUGCGCCCCGAGGCGACCGGCUUCGGCGCCGUCUACUUUGCCGGCGAGCUGCUGGCGGAUGUGGGGGACAGCCUGAAGGGCAAGCGCUGCAUCGUGUCUGGCAGCGGCAACGUGGCCCAGCACUGCGCCAUGAAGCUCCUGGAGGAGGGAGCGGUGGUUCUGGCCAUGAGCGACAGCCGCGGCUACGUCUAUCAGGAGGAGGGUCUUACCCGCGACCAGAUAAUGGAGAUCAAGGGGCGGCGCAGCGGGCGGCUGGAGGAGUACACCUCGCCCACUGCGCAGUAUGUGGGCGACAAGGGGCGCCGCGUGUGGCAGCUGGCCAUACCGGUCGACAUGGCUUUCCCGUGCGCGACACAGCAUGAACUGGACCGGGACGAUGCCGUCGCGCUGGCAGAGCACGGCUGCAAGUAUGUGUUUGAAGGCGCCAACAUGCCAUGCACCCCCGCCGCCACCAAGGUCUUCCAGGACCGCGGCAUCAUGUACGGGCCGGGCAAGGCGGUGAAUGCAGGCGGUGUGGCGGUGUCGGGGCUGGAGAUGAGCCAGGACCGCAUCGGCCUGCAGUGGAGCCGCGAGGAGCCCGACCCUGCACUCCACGAGUGGCUGCCGGUGGUACAGGUGGAUGCCAAGCUGCGUGGCAUCAUGAGGAGUAUCUACCAGACCGCCAAGGCGGCCGCCAAGGAGUAUGAUGUCAGCCUGGCAGCAGGUGCUAACAUAGCUGGCUUCCUGAAAGUGGCUGAGGCACAGCUGGCGCAGGGCGCGGUGUGA